AUGCAUCUGUCUCUCUCUCCCCUUGUCCUCCUUUUCACAGUCACCUCACUGGCCUCCUCCCUGCCGGACGCAGGAGUGGCAACCUCUCCAUCAGCCAUUGUGGCCGACAACAUCUCGCCGCCUGUGCCAAACGUGCUGGAGGUUGCGCGUCUGGAGAAGCGCAAGGCAUGCAGCGGCCAUCGCCUGCAGAACGACGUCUGCCAGGGCAGGCUGAUAUACCAGGGUAGCUCCCGGCACAACUGCUACCGCAAGGACGGCAAGUGCUGUGCCAAAAACAAGAAUCGAGACUAUGGGAUUGCAGUCACCAACAGGGCGCAAAAGGGCGAGGACUGCGCAUACUGCUUCUCGGGGACCUGCAAGAUGGAGAAUCCUUAG